AACGCGACCGCGACGGCCACCAUCCCAGCACCCCCCUCACCACCCCUCGCGCUCGCUCGCCACAAACGCAUCCAUACCGCCGCCGUCUUGCUGAUCGCAGAUUCGUGAUCAGCAUUCGAGGAGGCAGCCAAUAUGCCUCCUCCACCACAUACUCGCCCCGAGAAUGUUCUCAAGCGGGCCCAAGAAUUAAUCGGAGUCGACCAGCAGCAGGCCGCGCUAUCUAUCCUUCACGAACAUGUUACCUCCAAGAGGACGCGCAACAGCACCAUCGUGGCCCUUGAGCCCGUGAUGCUGCUGUUUGUUGAGCUUUGUGUGGACCUACGAAAGGGGAAGUCAGCCAAGGAUGGGCUCUACAACUACAAGAACACCAGCCAGAACACAAAUGUUGCCACCAUCGAGCUGGUGUUCCGUCGCUUCAUCGAGCUGGCAGAGCAGAAGGUCACGGAGGCGCAGCAGAAGGCAGACGAGAUCUCGGCUCACGGUGCACCAUCAGAGGAUGCAUCCCUUGCCAACGUCACUGAUCUGGAGGCGAUGGAGACACCCGAAUCCAUCUUGCUCUCGACCGUGUCAGGCGAGCAGUCAAAGGACAGGACAGACCGCGCGAUUGUCACGCCGUGGCUCAAGUUCUUGUGGGAGACCUACAGGACUGUUCUCGAUAUCUUCAAGAACAAUGCCAGGCUCGAGGUCAUGUACCAAACCACCGCGCACCAGGCUUUCCAGUUCUGUCAGAAAUACACCCGCAAGACUGAGUUCCGCCGUCUUUGCGAGCUGCUUCGCAACCAUUUGCAGAAUGCUGCCAAGUACUCCCAGCAAGUACACGCUAUCAACCUUAGCGACCCUGAGACCCUGCAGCGCCACCUCGACACUCGAUUCAUGCAGCUGAAUGUUGCAGUCGAGCUUGAGUUGUGGCAAGAAGCCUUCAAGAGUGUUGAGGACAUCCACACUCUGCUCAGCUUGUCCCGCCGACAACCAAAGAACUCCAUGAUGGCCAACUACUACGAGAAGCUCACUCGCAUCUUCCUGGUCAGCGAGAACUACCUGUUCCACGCUGCAGCGUGGAGCCGAUACUACAACUUACUCACUCUUUCCGCGCGCCAAGUUGCAGCAGGCGCGGCGAAGAAGGACAACCCAGCCAAUAUUGGCGAUGCUGACCUCUCCAAGGCAGCUUCUUUCGUGCUCCUCUCAGCCCUCUCUAUUCCCGUCAUUAGCACUUCACGUUCUCGAGGUGCCCUGAUCGAUGUUGAUGCAGCACGCAGCACUAAGAAUGCUCGUCUGACCAACCUUCUUGGCAUGAACAGUGCGCCUUCUCGUGCCAUCCUCUUCAAGGAUGCGUUAAACAAGGACAUCCUCCAGCGUGCCCGCCCAGAGAUCCGCGACCUCUACAACAUCCUCGAGACUGACUUCCACCCCAAGUCGAUUUGCGAGAAAGUUUCGCCAAUUCUGUCUCAGAUCGGCGCCGAUGAGGAUAUGCAGAAGUACGUGCUGCCACUUCAGCAAGUCAUCCUGACUCGUCUCUUCCAGCAGCUUUCCCAAGUUUACACCGACGUCAAGCUCCAGGAUGUUCUCGCUCUUGCGCAGUUCCCAGAUCCAUUCCAGGUGUCAGCAGCUACCAUUGAGAAAUUCAUCAUGAACGGUUGCAAGAAAGGCGACCUCUCGAUUCGCAUCGAUCACUCUACUGGCAUCCUCACCUUCGACUCGGAUGUUUUCUCCUCCGCUAAGGCCCUCCACCCUGGAUCAGGUGCUGGCUCCGCCGAAGCCGACGCCAGCUCCGUGCAACGUCUGCAGAGCACUCCUGCGGAGAUCGUUCGCUCUCAGCUCUCCAGACUGUCAAAGGCUCUCUACAUCGCUGUGCAAUAUGUUGACCCGAGCUUUAACGAGGAUCGCCAGAAGGCCAGAAUUGCAGCGCUCAAGCGUGCCGAAGCAGGUGCCGAAAAGGAACAUGCGGAGCUUAUUGCCCGUCGUGAGAUUAUCCAAAAGAAGAAGGAGACCGCCGCUAAUGUCCAGCUCGCACGGCAACGCGAGGAAGAGCAGCGACGCAAGGCUCGCCAGCAGGAAUUGCAAGCUGCUGAGACGGAACGACUUGCUCAGGAGACACGAGACCGAGAAGAGCGUCGUAUUCAGGCUGAGCGGAAGCGUGUGCAGCGUGAGGAGGCUGAGAAGCAGUUGAACGAGCUCAAGAAGGGAGUCAAGGGCGUAGACAUCUCUGGUCUCGAUAUCGACGACCUAGACACUGGCCGAAUCCGUUUGCUCAAGCUUCAAGCUCUUGAGAAGGAGAAGAAUGAAAUCAGUGACAAGGUCCGUAUCUCCGGCAAGCGAAUUGACCAUCUUGAGCGGGCGUACAGAAAGGAAGAGAUCAAGCAUGUGCCAGGCGACUACGAAGCACAGCGCAAGCGUGAUUUGGAGGCCUACGAGCGGGAGAAGGAGGAGACUUUGGCAGCGGCCAAGCAGAAGCACAAGGAAGAAGUUGCUCUUAAGCAUCGUCUCAGUCGGCUUGUAGGACACUACGAGCAAUUCAAGCGCUCCAUCACAGAGCAACGGCACGCCGACUUUGAGAGACGCCGCAAGCAAGCCGAACGUGAGCUCAAUGCGGCUAUGGAGAAGAGACGUCGUGAGGUCCGCGAGCGUAAGGUGGCGGAGAAGCGACGCGCAGAGGAGGAGGAACGCAUGCGUCGAGAAGAAGAGGAGCGCGCGCGAUUGGAGGAGGAAGAGGCAGCGCGUGCUGCCGAGGAGAAGCGGAUGAAGGAUGCUGAGGCUAAGGCAGAGGCCGAGAAGCGUAGGGCAGAGCGUGCGGAGGCAGCGCGGAAACAGAUGGAGCGCGAGGAAGAGGCUGAGCGCAGACGUCUGGAGCGCAAGCAAGGAGGUGCUGGUGCUGCUCCGGCCCCCUCGCGAACAUUUGAGCGCCGUCCUGAGGCUCCGAGCGAAGGCGCCGGCGCAGCGUCCGCUGGAGGACCACCGAGACUCAACCUCGCUGGCAACAAGCCCAGCUGGCGUGAGCGUGAGGCGGCCAGACAAGCUGCUCAACAAGCUGGAGGCUCAUCGGAGAGUGCUGCACCUCCUAUCGCUGCCGCUGCCGCUGCCGCCGCCGCUGCCGCACCUCCUGCAGAGGUCUCAGAAGAGCCAGCUCAGGCCAAGCGAUCGGGAUACGUUCCGCCGGCGCUGCGUGGCAAGGCACCUGGUGCUGACUCUGCACCACCAGCGCCAGGGUCAGAGAGGACUGAGCGAUGGCAGGCACGUUCGCGACCACAAGGUGAAGGCGAGCGCAGCGACACUCCACCGAGCCGUGGCGGCGGCGCAUAUCGACCACCGGGAUCAAGGAGCGGCGCGGCUGGAGGUGCUAGCAGCGGUGGAGCAUACAGACCACCUGGCGCACGAUAAAUGCUGUCUACGAAGACACGGCUGCAUGGGCGGGCAAUGGAAGGGAAAGGGAAAGGGUGCAUGGGAUGAGAUUGUUUUGUGCACUGGUCGGAAGUGUCUGCUAGGAGGUAUAUGGCUCUCAGUGGUAUAAGUAGCGACUCGUCACACAGGCGUUGAGAGGGACGCGUGUCAUGUGGCUGGUGUCUGUCUGUCCUUGCGAAGUUACGAUGCACGUACGCUACGUAACGAUCAGGUGCUUGGCUUGUUCUGCGGUUGAAUGGGUCAUGGGUCAUUUGCCUCCGCGUUCCUUUUAUCGUCAUGUCAUGUGGUCGGCGGCGGCUGGAAAUGAAGUCGGAUAGUAUGGGGUGAGCAAGGAUGUGAGAGUGGCCCUCCCUCGAGCGAGUCUGUUGUUGUUGAUCCUUCCGUAGCCGGGCACGCGAUAUGAUAGAUAGGGAGAAGAGGUGUCGGUAUGUG